GUAUACCGAAAAUUCUUACGCCCCUGGACGAAAUUGCCUCGAUAAAUACGAAAAUAUCGAAUAAUCUUGAAACUUUUUGAAUCCCGAUGGAUUUCGCGAUAAAAAAAUUCACCUAAGGAGCUUCACCGUUCAACGGAAUUCUCGGGAAGCUUUGUGCGUUCUCGGAGCUCGAAUUUUUGUGUUUUUCUUCGAUUCGACGAGUGAAUUGUCCCGGGGUCGAGCUUCCGUGGGUCUGUGCGAUCGAGUUUCGGAAUAUUCUCGACAGAAGACGCUCCGCAGGCUCUUUAGCGAUUUUCAUCGACGCAAAGCGCUGAAACGAUAAAAUUAGUGGGAAAAACGUUGCAGAAGGCGAAUUAUCGGAAACCGAACGUUUCUCCGUGGCGCUAGAAAGUUCGGGAAUUAGGAACGGAGAAGAGUGGACGGAAAACUCAGUGAAUGCACGGCGCUCGAGCUUCUUUAUAAACUUCUCACGCUUUUUAUCCUCCCAGCACAUUGCGCAGUGUUUUAAGCGAAAAUUUGUCGACUCCGCGGCCUACUCCCCGCGAGGGCUUCGCAGAUUUGUCUCGGUGACGAGAUCAGUGUGUCUCAAAACGAAACCACGUACGUGCUCUCGCAUCAGAGGGACCAAUACACGCGACAAUCUUUUGUCCGAGAAGCAUUGAAAUGUAGAAUAACAAGAAAUAGUUAACGAGCUUCAAGGGCGAUAACGGAGCGGGGAAGAAGGAGAGAAAACAGAAAGUCGGCGGCGACUCGACAAUGUUAUCGCGAAUGUUGUUCCGCUACGUUCUCGAAACUCUUGCUAACGCAAUGGCGGACGAUGUGCCGUAACGUGACGCCCGGAUACUUUUUUUCCUCCGCUUUUUCACCACCACAAUUUUCAAUUAUUCACCAAAUCAGUUGUGCUUACUAUCUGCUCAUUCCAACGGGAAUUCUAACGAGUUUAUCAGUGAAGUGUCUCCGCUGGACGAUUUUCGACGAGCUCGCUACUCACGGAACCGAAGAAAAGGAUUUUUUUUCCUCUCCCGGCGAGCCUCCCAGGACGAUCCAUGAUCACUUCGCCUCCAGUGAUCGCGCGUUUGGAGGAGGCGAUGGAGUCCACUGGCUUGAGCUCCGGAAAAAUGCAAAAAGACUAUGCCUUACUCCAAAAACGGGCGGUGAUUUUCCGAGAGAGUCGAAGCAGCCGCGACGCCACCAACAACAACAACAACAACAACAACAACAACAACAACAACAACGACAAUAACACGAAUAACAACAAUUCGUACGGCGGCCGCGGAGCUUCCGGUCCCCAGGAAGUUGUGAUGAAAGAGAAAAGCAAAACCGCGGCUCGCUGCCGUCGAGAGAAGGAGAACUUUGAGUUUCUCGAACUGGCGAGGCUACUUCCGCUUCCGGUUGCUAUCACCACUCAACUCGACAAAGCCAGUAUCAUAAGACUCACUACGAGUUACCUCAAAAUGAGAGCCGUCUUUCCGCGCGGCCUCGGAAAAGAGUGGGGCGCUUCGCCAACGACGAACCCCCGAGAAACCCCCAUCAAAGAACUGGGCUCGCACCUCUUACAAACCAUGGACGGGUUCAUAUUCGUGCUUGCACCGGAUGGCAAGAUCAUGUACAUCAGUGAGACUGCCAGCGUACACCUAGGACUGUCCCAGGUCGAGCUCACGGGCAACAGCAUUUUCGAGUACAUACCCGAAUGCGAUCACAAGGAAAUGGGGAAUGUGCUCAGCGUGCCGCAUCCCUCGACAGGAGCGACGUUCCCACCCCCAAAUUCACGCGGGGACAUUGAACUUGAACGUGCCUUUUGCAUCAGAAUGAAAUGUGUAUUGGCCAAGAGAAACGCUGGUCUGGUUUCCCAAGGAUGGAAGGUCAUACACUGUUCGGGCUAUCUAAAAGUGAUAAACAUGGGUCCACCGUACGAGGACCAACACGCCCCCAUCGGCCUGGUAGCUGUCGGUCAUUCUUUGCCACCGAGUGCCAUCACGGAAAUAAAACUCCAUCAAAAUAUGUUUAUGUUUCGUGCCGCGAUGGACCUCAAAUUGAUAUUUCUCGAUGCAAGCGUGUCACAGCUCACUGGCUACGAGCCGCAGGACCUCAUCGAAAAAACUCUCUAUCAUUACGUCCACGGAUGCGACGUUUGGCAGUUGAGAGAAUGCCACAAAAUACUGUUGACAAAGGAUCAAGUGACGACGCAGUACUACAGAUUUUUGACGAAAUCAGGAGGUUGGGUGUGGAUGCAAUCGUACGCAACGAAAGUUACCAACACCCGGAGUUCCCGGCCGUUGUGCAUAGUUUCGGUCAACUACGUUUUGUCGGAGAAAGAGGCUGCAAAGUUGAUUCUGAGUACGGAGCAAAAAGAGCCGAGCGCGCUCUCCUGCUCGGGAAAUCCGCCGAGUGUACCGAUCGCUAAUCCCGGCAGUACGAGCAUCGCUGAUCUCGACGAGCACAGCUUGAGUCCCCAAUAUCGAACUCGCGGACACGAGCCACCGGACUCGGAGUACGUCGACGGCUCGGGCUACUCCGCUUCCGAAUACAUCAGCCCCUCGGCCCUCGGCAGCUCGUAUCAUCCUUCGCCUUAUACGACUCAGAGCACGAGCAACGCUUCCCACGAGGACGCCACUGGUUAUUACCCAUCUGAAAUGUAUUACGGAUACGGUGGAAUGCAUCACGAGCAGCUGUCAAAUGUCCAACAGCAGCAGCAGCAGCAGCAGCAGCACCAGGCUCAACAUCAGCACCAUCAGCUUCUGCACCACGGAAAUUCCAUGACGAAUCUCACCCAGCAGCAACACCAGCAGCAAAAUGCUCAAAACCAACAGACGAGGCCUUACUCAGCGUCAUCGAGUUCCUGCGGGGGUUCAGCAGCCUCGGAGCCGCCUCACGUGGUUCCGAGGAGCCCCAUCCGCUUGCACUCGGUGCCGAGCGUGUUUGCACCAACCGAUUUCCACCAGCCCCAUCACCACCACCACCAACAGCAGUACGCGCAUCACCAGCCGCAAAUUCCCGACAAUAGCGGAGUCCCUGGCAGCACGGGAGUGUGCCCGGAAACCGGAGCCACCGUUCUCUUCCUCAACUGCGGCUUCAAUAACAACAAUUCCUUCGCCGACGGCGACUCGAGCCUCCAGCAUGCGGCGCUGUCCGCUUAUCCGCCGGUUUCUCACGUCGAUCAAGUCCCCAAAGAACGACGCCACUCCCAGCACCACGUCGAAGCCAUGGAGACGCCGAUUUACACGAGUGUAAUCGUCGAUUCGCAACAGUACAGCCCCACCAUCGUGCAGCAAGGCCUCAACGUUCAUGGACAGAACAACACGCGCACCCUGAACGACACACCGCCCCAAGUCAACCAUCAAAACAGCCACGAAAACGCCGACCAUCGCAUCGUCCCUCAAACCCCCAACGAGCACAGUCCCAACGACCUUGACCAUCAGCAAACCCUGGUCGGAACGAGGUGCGAUCCUUCGAUGGGCCUCGAAAAGGAGCACUACGAAAUCGACAAAAAUGGCAUCGCCAUGCUCGCCAGAUGGAUGGCGUAAUACACGGGGAGCUUUUGCCAACGUUCUUUCGUUCGCCGCGUUGGAUUCUGCGAGUUUGUUUGUUCGGUAUCGCGUGCUCUCGACGGAGGCCACUUUCGUCGCCGCGACAGUGCGACGAUGCUCCUAAAGAAGAAGAAGAAGAAGAAGGAUUGGUGUACAAAAUUUUCACUUGAAUAGACUAAAGAACAUCUCGGAGUGCGUCGAGUUUGAAAAGACGAGAGAAUUUUAGGAUUUUCGAAUUUACGGACUAUUUAAACUUGCUAUAAAAUGAAAAAAUAAUGAGAUUUGAGAGCUCGCGCUGGACGCCGAGAGAGCGCCUCAAUGCCAAAAAUCACAAACUGACGUAAUCAAAAAUAUAUUUCGUCGAGUCUCCUCGCGAGACUCGAUUCAGCAAAAAAAUGGAAAAUUAGCAUGUAAGUUUUUAGUGUACACACGCACAGUACAGUUAGUUAUACUUGAGAACGAAAAAGUAACGUGAAAAGGUGAAAAUUAUGUAAAUAUUCGGAAGAGGCGAACCAAGGAUCUGCAGUCAGGACUCGUCGCCCUCUCCGUUUUCUUUAUUUCCUAUUUCCAAUGUAAAUACGAGGCUCGAAACAGCAAAUUCGCUCAAUUUCGAGAUUAAUUAUGGCCGCGCAAUCGUGAUUUUUUGCGCCUGUACAUAUAUACAUAAACAAAAAAGAAGCAGACAAAAAUAUUGGUGACGUACGAUUACCUUACAUAGAUGAGAAGACUGACCGGUGCUUGUGCCAACCGACCAAAGAUGCGCCCUUUUUAUUACCCUUUAUUUAUAGGUGGUAAUCGACAUUUCCCCUCUCUUCUUCGCCCCCGGCCCCUUGUUUUUAAUCAGCGAAUUUUGAGCGAGCAAUUUUCCAGUGAAAAAUCAUUAAACCCAGAAUUUCGUAUAAUUUUAACUGUGAGCACUGAUUACUCGUGAGUCGAACAAUAAAAUUCUUCUUCAAUGAGAACGAAAUAACUUCGCAUUGCGCCGAAACAAAUAUUUUUUUCAAAUGGAAAAACAAGCGGCUCUUCUGCAUUCAAUUCCAUCGUGUAAAUUUGGGGUUUCGAUGACUUUUCAUUCGAUCAAUGCUAAUCUCUGAAAUGAAAACUCGGUUGGAGUUUUAGAAGGAGAUGCAAAAAAUCAGGCAAAAGUGCCACGAUUAAAAGGAAAAAAUAUUCAUAAACGAUUGCUCGUUAAAUAUAUACAUAAAUAUAUUGAAAACAAAACUUGUAUAGCGUAUCCGAAGAAUUCGUAAAUUAGGAUUUCUUUCUUCACGUAAAUGAAUUUAGCGAUAUAAUCUCGUUGUGUUGUCAGCCACAAACACCGAUAACAAAACACUUUGAAAACGUGUGAAUAAAGUCUUGAACGAGAUAGAAUGCGAGAGUUGGGAACGGUUUUUAAAAAUGUACACGCCAAACUUUUUCCACGAAUCGUCCUUUCAAACAACCGCACUUAUUUAUGGGAACCACGUGACAGGAUAAAUAAUUCAAUAAUAAUAAUGAUAAUAAAAUGAAAGAGGAAUAACGAAAGCCCCGGAAAAGCGAGUGUGCGAGUGACGUCGAGUAGUGAAUAAAUGAAAAUAUAAUUGAAUAAUAUAUAUGUAAAUCGAAUUAAAACAACCGCGUAAGAACCGUGUAAAUAUUGUAAAACGAACGUUGAGGUCGAAACAAAAAAACGAAUGAAAAUAUAACAUAUUUUCCUCUGAAAAA